UUUUCUGCUCUAUUCUGGGGAGGUGGUUUUUAAUCAGUUGAAAUCACCUUUCCCCCUCCCAUGUGCUUUCCUUCAUUUGAGAUCUUUUGACCUUCAUUUUUAUUUGGGAGGGGGAAGGGUGAUAAUUUUACAUUUUCUGUUUUCCCCAGUUUUCUUUCCUCUCUGUUUCCCUCAUCCCAUUUUCUUAUCUGUUCUGCCGCUGUGUGGGCCUGGGCUAUGCGGCAGGGCACAUCAUUCAUCAGAGCUCCAACAUGCCCGCAGAGUCUGGAAAGAGAUUCAAACCCAGCAAGUAUGUACCGGUCUCAGCAGCCGCCAUAUUUCUAGUGGGAGCUACAACACUCUUCUUUGCCUUUACGUGUCCAGGACUAAGCCUGGAUGUGUCACCUGCAGUGCCCAUUUACAAUGCGAUUAUGUUCCUUUUCGUGCUGGCCAACUUCAGCAUGGCCACCUUUAUGGACCCAGGAAUUUUCCCCCGAGCUGAAGAAGACGAAGACAAAGAAGAUGAUUUCCGAGCUCCCCUUUACAAAACAGUGGAGAUCAAGGGUAUCCAGGUGCGAAUGAAAUGGUGCGCCACCUGCCGCUUUUACCGCCCUCCUAGAUGCUCCCACUGCAGUGUCUGUGACAACUGUGUGGAGGAAUUUGAUCAUCACUGCCCUUGGGUGAACAACUGUAUUGGUCGCAGGAACUACAGAUACUUCUUCCUUUUCCUCCUUUCCCUGACAGCCCACAUCAUGGGUGUGUUUGGCUUUGGCCUCCUUUAUGUCCUCUGUCACAUAGAGGAACUCUCAGGGGUCCGAACUGCUGUCACCAUGGCAGUGAUGUGUGUGGCUGGCUUGUUUUUCAUCCCUGUAGCUGGCCUCACAGGAUUUCAUGUGGUGCUGGUGGCUAGGGGACGCACAACCAAUGAACAGGUUACAGGAAAAUUCCGGGGAGGUGUGAAUCCCUUUACCAAUGGCUGUUGUAACAAUGUUAGCCGUGUCCUCUGCAGUUCUCCAGCACCCAGGUAUUUGGGGAGACCAAAGAAAGAGAAGACAAUUGUAAUCAGACCUCCUUUCCUUCGACCAGAAGUGUCAGAUGGGCAGAUAACUGUGAAGAUCAUGGAUAAUGGCAUCCAGGGAGAACUGAGGAGGACUAAGUCUAAGGGAAGCCUAGAGAUAACAGAGAGCCAGUCUGCGGAUGCGGAACCCCCACCUCCUCCUAAGCCAGACCUGAGCCGAUACACAGGGCUUCGAACACACAUCAGCCUGGCUAAUGAGGAUAGCAGUCUCUUGGGCAAAGACAGCCCCCCUACACCUACCAUGUACAAGUAUCGGCCAGGUUACAGCAGCAGUAGCACAUCAGCCGCCAUGCCUCAUUCCUCCAGCGCCAAGUUGAGUCGUGGAGACAGCUUGAAGGAACCAACUUCAAUUGCAGAUAGCAGCCGCCAUCCCAGCUACCGCUCAGAACCCAGCUUGGAGCCAGAGAGCUUCCGGUCUCCCACUUUUGGCAAAAGCUUUCAUUUUGAUCCUUUGUCCAGUGGUUCACGAUCCUCCAGCCUCAAGUCAGCUCAGGGCACGGGCUUUGAGCUGGGCCAGUUGCAGUCCAUUCGUUCAGAGGGCACCACCUCCACCUCCUAUAAGAGCCUGGCCAAUCAGACACGCAAUGGAAGUCUAUCUUAUGACAGCCUACUCACUCCUUCAGACAGCCCUGAUUUUGAGUCAGUACAGGCAGGGCCUGAGCCAGACCCACCUUUAGGCUACACCUCUCCCUUCCUGUCAGCCCGGCUGGCCCAGCAACGGGAAGCCGAGAGGCACCCACGUUUGCUGCCAACUGGCCCACCACACCGAGAGCCCUCACCAGUCCGUUAUGACAAUCUGUCUCGCCACAUCGUGGCCUCCCUUCAGGAACGAGAGAAGCUGCUACGACAGUCACCUCCACUUGCAGGCCGUGAGGAAGAACCAGGCUUGGGAGACUCAGGCAUUCAGUCAACACCAGGCUCAGGCCAUGCCCCCCGUACUAGUUCCUCCUCAGAUGAUUCCAAGAGAUCACCCUUGAGCAAGACUCCACUGGGACGCCCAGCCGUCCCCCGUUUUGGCAAACCAGAUGGGUUAAGAGGCCGGGGACUAGGGUCCCCUGAACCAGGCACAACUGCCCCCUACCUGGGCCGAUCAAUGUCCUAUAGCAGCCAAAAAGCCCCAUCUGGUGUCUCUGAGACAGAGGAAGUAGCACUGCAGCCAUUACUGACACCCAAAGACGAAGUACAGCUCAAGACCACCUACAGCAAAUCCAAUGGGCAGCCCAAGAGUAUAGGCUCAGCUUCCCCUGGCCCAGGCCAGCCACCUCUCAGUAGCCCCACAAGGGGAGGAGUCAAGAAGGUGUCAGGGGUGGGUGGCACCACUUACGAGAUUUCUGUGUGAAUCUUGGCGCCUCCCUUCCCCCACACCUCUGCACCUACACCAAAGGGCCUCAGGUGGCCACCUUCCUUCCCUCAAGGGGCUCCCCUACUUUGCAUGGACAUUUUUUAAACCACCGAUUCCAAGAGGAUGAGGCUUGUUUUACAAAAUGCCAUGGGGUUAAGGAGAGUUGGGGCCCUGAGACUGGGGUGGCACCUCCCCCUCCUUUGAUCUUUUAAGACCUUCCCUUCCUUGAUCCCUGGACCAGACUCAGUGGACAUUUGUGCAAUUGCUCGCCCUGGAGGGAACCAGAUCAUUUUUAAACCAGAAAUAAUUUUUUUUAUUAUUGUUACGGAUUCUAUUUUUUUCCUCUUCUCCGUUACCAGGUGUGUGUGUACAUAUAUAUAUAUAUUAUAAAUAUCAAAGAAAUUAUAUAUCUAUCCUGGGAUGGGAAAACAAGGGAGGGAUAUAUAGAAAUAUAUAUAUAUGGAGGGGGAUUUUAUUCUUCCCUUUCCUUAGACCAGCAGGAAAAGAGAGACAUUAAAGUCUUCCUUUUCUCCAUGGUUCCCUCUUUUGUCCCAGUUACCAACUGAAGAAGUAGCACCUUCUGGUGCUAAGUGAUUAGGAAAGAAACCUGGGUACAUCUGGGAUUCUGUCAGAUAAAAGAACUUGGAGAGUUUUUAAACUCCUUCACAUCUAAUUUCCCCAGGAAAGGGGUCACAGUUCCAUGAUGGUGGUGGGAGAUCAGGAAGAGAGCUUGGCCAAAUUUAAGAAACACCAGGCAGCCCUGCCCUCCAUUCUUGGAAGACAGGGAUUGUGGUGGGCUUCAGUGAGCCCCUUCAAUGCUUCCCUAGAAUUUACAGGAAAAUCUUAAAAUCCAAGGCCAGGAGAGAAGAAUCCAAAAAAAGCAAUAUUUUUCAUCAUAUGCCAAAACAAAAAUGGGAUAGAGAGAAGGAGUGGCAGGCCUAGGCCCCUCCGAUUGUCCCUUGGGGUUUACCCCUUAGCCCACCUCAAUAUGGUGCUGGGUAGAGGGGUAGCUGGGUUCUAACCUUAAACAGGGAAGACUCCAGCCUCUAUACAGAGACCCUUUAAUUUUUUUAUUCUGAUUAGCCAUUUUAAACCAACAAAGAAUAAAAUAAAUCCUGAUCUAACCA